CUCCGUACGCCCCCUUUCAUUGUUCGGAUUCACCUCUGCCAGCAGAUCGAUCAUCGUCGCCUUUCCCAUCUCAGCGUAAUUAAAUUGAAAUCCCUAUUGAGUAUUUCUAGUACCCGUUGUCGCCCCAACGAUCACGCUCCCCCUCGAAUCCACCGUGCGAUACAACUUAUCUCUCCCAAUUUUGGCGUCGCGUCCACCGUGCUUCUGAGAUCUGUUCACACCACCAACCACCAGAAAAUUAUAAUCAUAAUAAUCAUCAUCACAAUACCAAGGAAUGAGCCACAAUGGAUGACUUUCUCGACAUGGAAUCCUCGGCCAUCCGCGCCUCGUCGCCCUCCCCGUCCCUCUCCCCAACACCCGCCAUCUCCUCAUGCCCGUCCCCAGACCGGACCUUCUCCACGGUCUCCUCGCUCUCAACCUCAUCCGCCACCUCAGCCGACGCCCGCUCCUCCGUGUCCAUCUCGACCAAGAGACGCGGAUACAUCCGGCCCCAGGGCGCCGAAUUCGCCGACUCCGCGCGCCACCGCGAAAGCGUCAUGAGCCUAGGCAGUAUCGCCCACCUGCAGUACUACUUCGCGCGCACGGGCCUGCUCGAUGGCAAGGGCGGCCACGCGCGGGAAUACAAGAAGAAGAAGAGAAAUCCGGAAGAUCGGGCGCGGAUGCUGCUGACGCCCAACGCGCGGUUCAUCGACGACAUCUCGGACAGUGCCACUACCGAUGAGGAGAUCUCGGAUGUGGGGGAGGAUGGGUUCGACGGGCAUGAUGAGAUGAUGCUGCCGCCGACGGUCAGCACGUAUAGCAUUAAGACUCAUUAUAUUCCGCCGCCGCCGGAUCUGAUGACGCUAAGGAGGGACUUGGUGCAUUCGCUCGAUAAGGCGAAGCGGAAUAUUGAUGAUAUCGUCGCGCAGAAGGGUCUGCCCCCGGAUAUGAAUCCGCCUCGCAUCAGUCUGUCGCCUGAUGGUGCUCCUAGCGCGGAUGAGGAGUCGCCCUCCAGCGAGCCGGCGCAGCCCAUCUCGCAGCGCUUGCAUGAGAUCUACGGUCUACGGAUUCUGGACGUCGUCACGCUCGCGAUCCGCGCGGCGAAGAUCUACUACACGACCCACGAGCGGCCCGAGCGACUGGCAUCCAUCCGGAGCGAGCGGGAGAUCCGACAAGAUCUGUUCAACGUUCUAGAGGUGCUAAAGCGAUGGGCGUCGCGCAACUUUGCGAACGGGCUCCGCGAGGACGAGCUGUCCUCGAUUCGAGGCUGGAUGUCAAGCGUGCACGACCUUCUAGCACAGGAAUCCCAGCUCGAGGCGGCAGAGGCCAAAGAACGCGAAGGGUGGACCUGGGCCCGGGGCGACUGGAGCGGGCGAGAGCGCGAGCGCGAGGAAGCCUUCCUGCGCAGUUUGAUCGAAGACACCGACAACCCUCUACCAGCCUGGACUGCCCCAGAGGACGGACCCCUCCCGACGCCGCUGCUGGAGCGCUUCCGCGACGGGCGAGAACUCGUGCGCGCGCACAACCAGGCGAUUCGGAAAUCCAAGCGCCAGUUCUGCGAGAUCAAGAAAUACCACCAGGACGUCGCGAAGCCGUACCGCUGCGCUGAGAAUCUCCGCUUCUGGGUCAAGGCCGCCGAGAUCCGGUGGGAGACGAAGCUCAAGAUGGACGUGAUGGGCGUCGUCAAUGGCGGCGAUGAUGACGCUUGGAGGAAAUUCGAUGCUGCGUUGCUACGCUGGUGUCAUGCGGUGCGCGAGGAGUUGACGCGCGACUGGCAGGAGCCGCAGGGCGUUGCAGAUGCGGGUGUUCCUGCUGACAGUAUGGCAGUUUGAUCUGCAGUCUAUCUCUGCAUGACUUUAUCUCGCAUGAGUGCAUCUAUCUUUCUAUCGGUUUAUGUUGUUCGCGUUGCAUACAUGUUUACUUUCUGCCCAUUUGAUACCCCCUUCACCUGAUUCUUUCAUAUACAUACUUACGGGCUGCAUCGACUGUCCCUCCUUUUGUUUCAUUCUAUUGUUCACUUGGAUUGGUGUCACCGUCUGAGCUGAAUAUUUGCAUCUAAUUCGUGUGAUCUAUUUCUAUUUCUGUUGUUUUGGGGGGUUCGCAUUGAUCUCUUGGUCUCUUGUAUAUAGCUUCGAGG